AUGGAUUACGUUCGGACGAACGUCCUGAGGAGAGCUCAGUCAUCGGAGGGGCGGGCACAAGACCCUGAACAUCAGAGGCGGCCAGAGAUGGACGAGCAGAGGGGUUCCCGUACGAGACGCUUCUCCAUAAGCCGACCACCUUUACCGGCCUUGUUCACAAGUCGAUCGCGUGCGGAGAGGCAGGACGGAGGGAAUCAGAGGACCGAAGGUGAUAUACCCGAGGACGAUAGUCCAAAGACGCCGCGCUUCAAUCUAGGCCUUCCGAACCUGCCUUCUACCCGUCUACACCUACCGAACCUGACACGAACUUGGACUCGCGGAUCGUCGGGUCCGGCCUCACGCUCCCAAACGCCACAGCCGCCGUCCGAAUCCGCACCUCAAACUCCAUUACCUCGAAUACAAGUCGAUGGACCACCUACCGUAUCCGAACCACCACCUGCUCAUGAAGGCCCCGAUAUGGGGCGCUCGCGAUUUAGGGGCGCCGACCCUGGGGAAACACACUUAGUCGACAUGGUAGAUAGAGGGAGGCGGCGUCGUGGUGGUCAAAGUCGGAGGCAUGAACCUGGGGAACGCCUCAAGAGAUUCUUAUUUUGCUUCCCCUGGAUCAAGUCGCGCCGCAUGCGCUCUUACAUCUUGCGAUGCUUCGUGUCAGGCAUUUUCUUAAUCCUUAUGCUUGCUGUCUACCUCGCCCUUUCGAUCACGAAGAACGUCAACACCAGCGAGUUUACGGUGCUUCUAAUACUCAUAAUUCUAUUUGCGACCAUAUUCUUUUGCCACGGACUCAUUAGGAUCUGCAUGUUAAUUGUCAGGCCGCCUAACGAAGAGGACGAAGAGCGUCCCAUGCCACGAUUAUUGGAACCGGGCGGAUACGCAGUUCCACGACGGCCAAUUCAUGUUAUUCUUGCCCGCGACGAGGAAGCGGCAGGAAAUGAGAUGGCCAAUAAAAUACAGCCUCCCGCUUACGGUUUAUGGCGUGAGAGUGUGCGCGUGGAUCCGGAUCGUCUCUAUUGGCAGCGUAACGAUCAGCCACCUAGGGAGGGAAGUGAAGAGGAACCUCGUCCGGGAACGGCGCGACCACCGUCGUACGCGUCAGAGGACGGUGUCAGCUACGUAGUCGAGGCCCGUCCAAGAUCCAUGGUUCCGACAACCGAUGUCCCGCUUCCGCCUCAUCCAUCAGAAGCCGGACACAUGCGGUGA